AUGUCAUUUACUUUAUAUGAACGUCAAUACUUCGGAAUUCAUGGCUUAUUGCCACCAGCAUUUAUGACCGAAGAUCAGGAAGCAUAUCGAGUUAUUACCAAUCUUCGACAACAACCUGAUGAUUUAGCGCGAUACGUUCAAUUAGAUUCUUUACAGGAGAGUAAUGAAAAAUUAUAUUAUCGAGUAAUAUGUGAUCAUUUCAAAGAACUUCUUCCAAUUGUUUAUACGCCAACUGUUGGCUUAGCAUGCCAAAAAUUUGGCUUUAUUUAUCGAAGGCCAAAAGGUUUGUAUGUAACGAUAAAUGAUAAUAGUAUCAGCAAAAUUUAUCAUAUCCUUUCAAAUUGGCCCGAAAUGGAUGUUCGGGUAAUAGUGAUAACGGAUGGUGAGCGAAUUCUUGGCCUGGGUGAUCUUGGUUGCUAUGGUAUGGGAAUAUCUGUAGGUAAAUUAUCACUCUAUGUUGCUCUAGCUGGUGUAUUACCAAAAUGGUGCUUACCGGUUGUAUUAGACGUUGGAACAGAUAAUGAAACAUUAUUAAAAGAUCCAUUCUAUACUGGAUUACGUCGAAAACGAACACGUGGCGAAGAAUAUCAUCAUUUUGUUGAUAAUUUUAUGAAAGCAUCCACUAAAAAGUUUGGACAAAAUGUAUUGAUUCAAUUUGAAGAUUUUGCACGACAAAAUGCUUAUCAUCUUUUGGACAGGUAUAGAAAUCGAUAUUGCGUUUUCAAUGAUGAUAUACAAGGCACAGCUUCUGUAGCUUUAGCUGGACUUUUAGCAUGUCGUAAACAUACUGGAAGGCCUUUAUCAGCUGAGAAAAUAAUCUUUUUUGGUGCUGGCUCUGCUGCAAUGGGAAUUGCUGACUUAUGUAUUUUGCAAAUGGAAAGGGAAGGUAUUGAACGUAAAAAUGCUCGUUCACGUAUUUAUUUGAUGGAUGCCGAUGGUUUAAUAACCCAAAAUCGUCUGCACAUAGAAAAAGAACAUAUACCAUAUGCUAAAAUUAUGCCGGAAACAAAGAAUUUACUAGAGUUAAUUAAAAAUAUUCAACCAACCGCACUAAUUGGUGUUUCAACAGUGGCAGGUGCUUUCAAUGAAGAAAUUAUUCGUAGUAUGGCAGAAUUAAAUCCGAAACCAAUCAUUUUCGCCCUAUCAAAUCCAACAAAAAAUGCAGAAUGUACUGCGGAACAAGCAAUUCGUUGGACUGAUGGUAAAGUAUUAUUUGCAAGUGGAAGUCCAUUCGAUAAUGUAGAAUACAAGGGGAAAAUAUAUAAGCCCGGGCAAGGUAAUAAUUCCUAUAUAUUUCCGGGCGUAGGUAUGGCAGCUAUUCUAUUUCGAAUUCGACAUAUUGACAAUGAAAUGUUUCUUAUAGCUGCUCGCGAAGUGGCUAACAAUGUUAAUGAUGAUGAUUUUAAGCAUAAACGUUUAUAUCCAAGUUUAAAUCGUAUUCGAGAAGUUUCAGUGAAAAUAAUUUUAGCUGUUGGAAAAUAUAGCUAUAAGAAAAAUUUGGCAGAACUUUAUCCGCAACCGGCAAAUAUGGAAAAUUUUGUACGUAGUCAAAUGUAUCAAACAGCAUAUACUGAUAUGAUCGAUUAUACAUAUAAUUGGCCAAAAGAUGAUAUGGUCCAUGGUUAUCCUGUCCCGUAUGAUCAGGAAAAAAUUGGUGAUGUAUUUGCGAUGAAUAAAUUAUGGCGGAAUAGCACCUGUUAUACCUGGCCCAUUACGUGUUUACAGUUGCAUAUACGUCGUUUAUCAGCACAUCAAAUUCGUCUAUCGUUUUUACAGUAUUUUAAAGAACAUGAUCAUACAUUUGUGCCUUCCUCAUCCGUUAUUCCGGAAGAUGACAACUCUGUUGCAUUUGUUAAUGCCGGGAUGAAUCAGUUCAAGCCCCUUUUUCUGGGUGCUAAAUAUACCGAAGGAAAAUUUGCUGCUUUGCGUAAUGUUGUUAAUUGGCAAAAAUGUAUUCGUGUUGGUGGUAAGCAUAAUGAUUUCGACGAUGUUGGCCGUGAUUUGACGCACCAUACGUUUUUCGAAAUGCUUGGAAAUUAUUCUUUUGGUGGUUACUCGAAGGCAGAAGCAUGUCUAUAUGCUUGGAACUUUCUCACAGACGUCCUCAGGGUGCCAGCUGAUCGAUUAUAUAUUACAUAUUUCGGUGGAGAUGAAAACAUGAAGUUAAAAGAAGAUCGUGAAUGCCGUGAUAUUUGGAUUAAAUUAGGUGUUCCUGAAGAUCGCGUGCUUGGCUUUUGUUCUAAUCAUAACUUUUGGGAAAUGGCUGAAACGGGCCCAUGUGGCCCGUGUACGGAAAUUCAUUAUGAUCUUAUUGGUAAUCGAAAAGCACAAAAACUUGUGAAUUCAAAUGAUCCAACAGUAGUCGAAGUUUGGAAUCUUGUUUUUAUGCAGUUCAGCAGGGAUGUGUCAGGCAGAAUCAGUAAUUUACCAACGAUGUACAUAGAUUGCGGGAUGGGAUUCGAGCGAUUAGUGAGUAUUGUCCAAGGGCUGCGCUCUACUUAUGAUACCGAUGUUUUUAUGCCGUUGAUGAAAAUUAUUCACAAGUAUUCCAAAGUCGAGGAAUAUAGUGGACGAUUUGGAGAUAUUGACACAGCGUAUCGGAUUAUUGCUGAUCAUCUUCGUGCUGCUUGUAUUAUGAUUUCGGAUGGUGUUGAACCUGGUUCACGGAAUCGAGGGUAUCAUCUUCGACGGAUUUUGCGGCGUGCCGCAUUAAAUUUAAUCCUUACGCUUGGUGCAGAACGAGGGACGCUAGCAUCUUUGGUCCCUGAUUUCAUUAAUCAUAUAACUUUACUGUACGACAGUGUCGCGGAGCGUAAAACUAUAAUAGCUAAAACGAUUAUGUCUGAGGAGGAGUUAUUUUGGAGAAGUUUUGACAAGGGUAGCAAGUUGCUGGAGGAUAAUAUUGCACUUCAGCAACAUGUGCUGUCAGGGGAAAUUGCAUGGAUGUUAUCAGGAACUUACGGUCUUCCACUGGCAAUAACUCAAAAGAUAUGCAAUGAAAAAGGAUUGAAAGUCGAUGUGGAUGGCUUUUACCAAUGUCUAACGAAGUUUCAGAAAACUCAAAAAGCCGAAGAGGAAUCUUGGCAAAAAGUCGAUUUAGAAGAAAUGAUAUUGAAUGGUGUAAAACCAACUAACGAUUCAGAAAAAUAUGGUUGCAGACGGAUCGAAUUGGGCAAAUAUGAGUUUCCGAGCAAGAGAGGUACUGCUAUGGCAAUUUUUGAUGUCAAUGGUAAAAAUGUAAUGGCACUUAAAUCAGGGGAAAUUGGGUCCGUCAUCAUGGAUUCGACGGUUUUUUUUGCUGAGCAAGGAGGACAAUUGUGCGAUACAGGGAUCCUCCGAGAUAGUUUAAAUAAUGUUAUAUUUAUUGUGAAUAGUGCGAAAAGGCGAAAUGGCUAUAUUAUUCACACAGGGAAAGUAGCGGAUGGCCAAACUUUGGAAAAGGGACUAAAUCUGAUGCAGAUAAUAGAUUCUAAACAACGGUUUUCGUUAAUGUGUGGCCAUACUGCUACUCAUAUUCUUCAUUUUGCUCUUGAAAAGGUAUUUGGUGGAUCAGUUCGUCAGAUGGGUUCAUUUAUUGGUCCUGACAAACUGCAUUUUGAUUUCUUUGUCCCUGACGAAGAAUUUACUCUUGAAAAGAUCGAAGAAGUAAUGGAGACGGUAAAUAAGAUUAUUAAAAGUAAUCUAAAUGUUACGGUCAAAUGCAUUUUGCAAGAAGAAUUGGGACCUAUGCGCAAGAACUUCUCUGCAUUCGACAUUUCACAGGAGUCAGCUUUCGACGGCUCAUAUCGGAUUGUUACGGUUGAAAGCUCACGAUUAGUUGGUCAAGAUAUCAUCGAGCCAUGUUGUGGAACACAUGUUUCUAACACGGGUGAUAUUCGUCAAUUUGUUAUAAUUGGCCAAAAAUCACGAGGCGCCAAUGUACGUCGAAUCUACGCAGUAACAAACAGCGCAGCUCUGGAAAGCAUUGAUAAUGCGACGAAGCUCAAAGAUAAACUGUCUCAUGCGUUGAAGGAUUUUAACGAAACUUUCAUCGAUACUCAUAAACUUAUGGAAGAAUUUCAAAAGAAUCUUCCACUACCAUCCAAACCCUCAAUAUAUGAGAUGCUCAAAACCGUAAAAAAGAGGAAUAGGCAUUUAAGUCAGAAACUUCGUUCAUCUGGCGCGAAUUGA